AAGAUGUCAUCAGUGAUCGAGAUAGUAAUGCAAGUAUGGACUUAUCAUGGCAUGUGGCAUUUUCUUAUAAGUUAGAAAAACACUUUUCGACAUAAAUUAAAUAGUUUUGAGUAUUCCCAUACUUAGUAACUAUGUUAAAAGUGCCUGUGUUGGAUAUGAACUUGGAUAAAAGCAAAAAAGAUACUGAAACAACAUCCAAAUAUGUCUUAACCAAUAAUGAAUUACUUACAAUUGAAAAUAAUGGUGCAAAUGGGCAAGUCCCUCAAAUCACUUGGGUUACUGAACUGGGAAAGCAGUUACUCAAAGCUGCAAGUGAAGGAAACACUGAAGAAAUUAGAUUGCUUGUGGGUAAAGGGGCCCCAUUUACGGCAGACUGGUUGGGGACAAGUCCUUUGCAUUUAGCAGCUCAGAAUAACCAUUUAGAUGUUUGUUGUUUGUUAUUGAGGGCAGGAAUUUCAAAAGAUGCAAGAACCAAAGUUGACAGAACACCACUUCAUAUGGCUGCUUAUAAAGGACACUAUGAAAUUGUGGAAUGUUUACUGACAAAUGGAGCUGAAGUAAAUUGCAAAGACUUAUUAGGAAUGACACCACUUCACUGGGCUGUUCAGAAUGCUCACAUUGAGGUAGUGUCCCUGCUUAUCCGUUAUGGAGCUGACACACAGGCUGUUAACAAGUUUGAGUUGUCUCCCCUUGAUAUUGCUAUGCAAAUUCAAAAGCAUGAUAUUGCUGAUAUAAUAAGUGCAACUCUAACAACAAAUGAAAACUUUCAAGCAGCAAAUGAAAGUAGCAAUGACUCAGGUUUGGAACCCACUUCAGAAAGUCGAUUAUCUGAAAAUGACUCUUCCUUUCCUAUAGAAACAAUAUUAUUAGAAGGUAUAGAUGGAGAGUCAAUAAAUGCACAUUGUGAGAAUGAUGCAGGUAUUUUUAAUUCAUUAUUUCCAAAACAAACAAACACCGAAAGGCUCUUUGCAGAAGAAGAGGAUUCCCAGAAUGAAAAUGAAAGUGAAGAGCAACCCCAAGAAACCUCAUUUAUUGAAGAGAAGGAAGACUUUUCUGAAACUGUUAAACUUCUUCAGCAACAUGGUAUCACUAUGUUGCCUCCUGAUGAUAGCAAUAUUUUCACUUCAGUAAUGGACACUGGACAUCAAGUUGUCUUAACAGAUAUUGGGAAAGAGAUGUUGAAUUCAACAAAACCCGUUGCAAAAAUAAAACCAGAAGCUGUAAAGAUUGCUACAAAGGUGCAUCAGAAAUUGAAAAGCAAUUCGAGGAGUGCCCUUAAGACAAAGGAAGUAUUGUUAUCCGUUACCCCAGAAGAGUUUCUCGCCAUGACCACCAAUUUAAAUGCACCAAUGGAAUUGAAAAAAGUCGAAAAUUUUAAUUGUGUUUCAAAACCCACUACAAAAAGGAUCGUGAUGAAAAAGAGUAAAGUUAUUCCAGUAGUUGUUAAUAAUAACAAUAAUAAUAAUGCUGUAAAUAAGUCGAAAAAGUCAGGUAUUAAUGUUUCUGAUAUGGAGCUAUUAAUGACUCAAUUAAUAGAAGUUAAAAGACAAGCGACUGUAUACAAAAGACAAGCUGAAGAGUACAAGAGCAAAUUGUUAAUGAAAGAAGCAGAAGCGAAAAUGUAUAAGCAAAAGUUAAUCGCGUUGCAGAGAAAUUGUUACUGUUCUUAGUAGAAAAUUAUAAAUAAAUAAAUUAUUAUCCCAUUGUGAUGAUCUAGGAUUAAGUUGGAAUUCAAUCAAAGUGCUGAUUGAUUCUUUUGUUAAUAACUUUUGUAUGAAAAAUAGAAAUAAACUUUUUGUACUAUC